UGACAUCCUGCAGCCGACACGUCCUCCUGAUACUCAAGGGCUUCAGCAACAGGCAUAUCCUAAUUACUUGAGAGAAGGGGUUUACCCAGCAUCACAACACAAAAGGGACUCAAGUUUUGGAACUCCCUGUCAGGAAACGCUCGGCAGAUUUUCUGUUCGGGUACCGUCUGGUUCUUGUCUCUGCUGCUCCAAGUUGUUUUUCUCUCUUAAUCAGCAAUGCUUCCCCCGGCCAUGGAGGGCAAGAUUGAGGACACUGUGGACCUCAACCUGCAGUACCCCAGUGUGAGUGAGCGGUACUGGACUAAGUACUAUUUCAUACCAAAGGAGAGGAAGAAACCAGGCAGCAGUGGGGAGGAGAAGGGGAGCAUGAAUGAGGGAACUGGAGAGACAGAGAAGGGAAUGGAGAACGUGAUGAAGGAGGAUGACGAGACUGAAAAAAUGGAUGUAGACUCAAACCACACGGAGGAGAAGGAUGAUAGGUUGUGUCUGCCUAGAGAGGGCACAGCAGAACACCCCAAGAUGACGUACUCCAGCCUGGACAGCAGCGGCCAUGUGUGUGUGAUGGUGCAUACCAAUAAACUGUGCCUGGUGACCCUCUCUGACAGGCACCCUGCGUUGGCACCCGGCCAGGAGAUCACACAGGUGAGCUACGAGGUGGGCAAGUUUAACCGCCUAGACAACCAGGUGUCUGGGAAGGGGAAGCGGGGUGCCCAGAUGAUGGGUCCUCAGUCACCUGUGUGCAUCAUUACCUGUGCUGACGGCUCCAGGCAUCUUGUGCUGGCUGGCGUACAUGGCAAGCUGGUGGAGGUCAAUGAGCGACUUCUGGCCAACCCCAAGCUACUGAGGGAGAGGCCAGAUGCUGAGGGCUACCUGGCUGUCAUCCUGCCGCCCAUCAAGAACGGAGAUGGCCCGCUCAGGCGCCUCAUCACCGCCGAACAGUACCAAGAGAUGUGCUCCUGAGACGCUGCUCCCAUCAACUGUUGCUGCUUGUAUUUCUUGGCCAUUGCUCUGCUGCUUGGUGUCUUUUCAUGUCCUCAAUUUGCUGGGAGGUUUUUGAGUCAUUACUUUGCCAUAUGUUCUCAGUUUAAGCUCUAGUAUCAUUGAUUUAUUAUUUUUCAUUAUUGUGUACUGUUAUUAUUUUCUUUAUCAGUCAGUUAUGAAGUUCUAGUUACAUGCUGAAGAAAAUGUUACUGUAAAUCUUGAGUCAAGCAACACAAGCAUCAUAACACAUUCAUUUCCACUCUAAGAAGCAUUUUUCCUUCAGUCUCAACUCUAAUCUGCUGCCAGUCUAACAAAGCUCAAUAGGUUCUAAGCAGAUGAGGGGACUUGAGAAUGAACGAAGAAGCUAAACAUAACAUGUCUCCCUCAGUCUGAACUCUUCCACUCUGCUGCCAGUGUAACAAAAGAUUCUCAGCAAAUCAGAGGACUUGAGAGUGAGGAAAGGAGCUAAACAGAGGAAGUAAUGUUUGACUUUACCCAGACUGGACACUUCACCUUAUUUUUGUGAUGGAUCUGAGCCAGGCAAACUACAUGGGGAGUAAGGAAGCCAAGUGCUGAUAGUGUCAUGUAGUGUUGGCUUUAGUUAGUUAGUUGUAGAUCACUGUUAGGUGUUUAAUGAUUUGGUUUGCUAUGGCUAGUGAUGUACCUCAGAUUUUUGUAGUUAUAAUUUCAUGUUCUUGAUAGGUAUUUUUUUUAAGUUCAUGUUAGUAAUUAGUUUGAUGCUCAUAACUUGGUGGUUUUCUAUGGUUAUUUGUGUACUUCUAGAGAUUGUUGCUGUGAUGUAUAUUGUGUAGGCUAAUUUUAAAGUCUUAUUUCAGUUUUUGAAUAUGUAUUGCUGUUUUAUAUUACUUUCAAGUAUUCCAUAAGGGUUCCUGAUGAAUGUAAGCCACACAGUACAAUAUAAUGACACUUUAGUGAGCAAGUUAAAGAUAGGAGCCUUUAUAGAAGACUAGAAAGCAAUGCAAGACACCAGUAACCAAUAGAAGACCACCGAGUUAUGAGUCAACACACGGGGUAAAGAUAGGAGCCUUUAUAGAAGACUAGAAAGCAAUGCAAGACACCAGUAACCAAUAGAAAACCACUGAGUUAUGAGUCAACACACAGGGUAGUGACCUAUCAGCACUUGGCUUUUUGUCCGGUAAAGGCUCAUGCUGUUUGCUUGGCUCAGGUGUGGAUGGGAUGAGAGGAUGCAGUUUUAAAGGGGAGUAGACAUAUUGGCCUUUAGUUGAAGGCAGGUAAUAUUGUAGGAAUGUAUACUGGUAGGUGAGGAUGAAGGAAUGAAAAAUAAAUAGAGGUUAUGAAUGGAGUUAUAUAUUUGAAUUUCUGAGGAAGGCAAGCAAUGUACAAGAUUUAUAAGGAAAACAUUUUAUUGUAUUUGAUGUACAUAUGAGAAGAUUACAAGAAAGCCUUUGUAUAUAAAAAAAAAAAAAAAAUAUUGAUAUGAGA